AUGGCUUUGAUCCAAAGUAACGUCUUCUUUACUUAUUUGCUGAUUCUUGCCGCACUUUGUGGAGUUUCCAUUGGAGCAAUGGUUCACAAAGUCGGUGACUCCACGGGAUGGACGAUUAUGAGCGUCAAUUACGAUGCAUGGGCAUCUUCAAGAACUUUCCAAGUUGGAGACUCUUUGGUGUUCAACUACAACAAAGAGUUCCACGAUGUCACUGAAGUCACUCACAAUGAUUUCAAGCUGUGCGAAUCUACUAAACCGAUAACGAGAUACCAGACCGGCUCUGAUACCAUCAUUCUAACCAAACCGGAACUCCAACACUUCAUAUGCGGAUCUCCUAGUCACUGCAACUUGUGA